AUGGCAAAUCAACCACAGGAUCCCUUUAUGACUGGUGAGCAGCUUCGUCAAUUACAAGGCUGCGUACACCGAAAACUCGAUGACUAUAACUCCUCCUUGCGCAUGUUCGUCGGACAUGUAGGCUUAGAUCAACAGAUCCGGACAGCCAUAGGAAAGGGUUGGAAAUCUCCGCCUAUAUCAGCACAGAACACAGCCGUUAAAGCGCUGAAGGAUCAACCCUCGCAUGGGCCGAGGCAGCUUAAAUAUGUUUUUCCAAUCCAACCGUUCACGCAGCAGCUUGCGGAUUUAUCGCUAGAAGAGAAACCGACUUAUACUCCCUUGUCAGAAGGGAUCCAAAGUCAGAAGAAGACGCCAUCAUUCCUAGAUGCUCCUCUAGGCUACUUCGAACUGCUUGGCGAUCAGAAAGCUGUUCUAAGUACUCGCUGA